AUGCUUUCACUCCUCUGGUUUGCGACCGGCAUUGUCCCUGCAUUUCCCGUUCCUACCUGGCCUCAUGGAAACAAAGAUAUCCAAUCCACGCUUGCAAGCAUUGAGGAGCGCCUAAAAGACUUGGUUGCCAAUGAGAAGUACGGUACUACGUCCUUCUCCGUGCAGCUCACGUCCAACACCGAAUCACUGUGGACGCAAUUCCACACUGCCCGAAAAUUCAACGAAAGCCGCCCGGGCGAUCGACACGUAGAUGGCGACAGUGUGUACCGCAUAGCAUCCAUCUCCAAACUCUUCACUACCCUCGGGCUACUGUAUCAACACGACGCAGGCAAUGUCAGCUUAGAUGAUCCCAUCAGCAAAUACAUCCCCAAGCUGAGCGGCGACCUCCCAUGGGACGACAUCACCCUACGUAUUCUUGCUUCGCAACUCUCGGGCAUCCCGCGAGAGACGGUCCAGUCAGAUAUCAUCAAUCUCGUCGAAGAUCCCACCGCCUUCGGUCUACCCCCAGUCUCGAGAGAUGGGCUGCCAACCUGCGACGAAUACUCGGGCUUCGAGCGCCCGUGCAAUUGGACAGACAUACUCGAUGCGUUGUCUAAAUUCCAACCGAUCUUCGCGCCGAAUCAAAAGUCCACUUACAGCAAUGCAGCGUUCGAGCUCAUCGGGUUGGUGCUCGAGAAGGUGAGUGGCGAGAAGUACGAAGACUACAUCCAGCACGCCAUCUUCGAUCCCCUGGGCAUGAAGUCCUCCACCUUCAAAACACCGUCGGAUAAGCAUGCCGUCAUCCCAUCGGGUGAAACCUACUGGGGUAUCAAUGAAGGAAGCCAAAACCCGACGGGCGGCAUCUACUCCACCGCCUCCGACAUGACCAAAUUCGUUCGCUACAUCAUGACGCAUUUCAACACCCUUGCGACGGGCGUGAACUGGCUGAUGCCGGCCAGUCCAUCAGGAGGAAUCUACAACUUUUACGGCAUGCCCUUUGAAAUCUUCCGGACCGACAAGCUUCUGGAAGACAGUGCACGGCCAGUGACCUUCGUCACGAAAGGAGGCGGUCUGCCUGCGUACUCAUCCAAAGUAAUCGUCAUGCCUGAAUACGGACUCGGCUUGACUGUCCUGGUGGGCGGCGAGGCUGACCUGCUGGAUGAGAUUAUCGAGAUUGUGACGGUGGAUCUCCUCCGGGCUGUUGAGAAGAUCAUAUGGAAGGAGGUUGAGGAGGUCUACAGCGGGGUGUAUACUGCCAUCGACCCAUCGCUUAACUCGACCCUCGUCCUCUCGGCUUCACCAUCGACUGGUCUGAUUAUCAAUUCAUGGAUCUCAAACAGCACAGUCGUGUACAGUGACUCCGCUACGAAGAAGGAUAACCCCAUCAUGAAUAUCCUCACCGGCUCGACUGAGAGUGAUGAAGAUGAAGACCAAGAGCCACCCGUUCGACUGCAGCUCUCUCCAACCUUAUUGUACAAGAACGAAAGCGCUCAACAGGGUCAAAUCUGGAUGUUGACCGCUUCCUACGCCCGCGAUGGCAAGCAGCGCAAAGUCUGGGACGACGACUGCACCGCUGACGUCGACUCGGGUGGGGCGUACGCCGGUAUCUCCAUCACCAAAGGCGUGUUCUGGCUCGAGGAUGAAGUGCUAGAGUUGCCAGGCUGGCGGGUGAAGACGAAGCGGACGGGGUCCAAGGGCGGGAAGUCUCCGGCUUUCUUCAAGCAGGAUCUUUGA